UAAGCGAGCUUUGUCUCGGUAUACCCUGCGUAUAUCAACGCUAUUAUGGGCGAAGCUCCACUACCGCAAGUACUACACUAUAUUUUUACAAAUGCCUCAUGACUGAUCGUAUUCUACCAUAUCAUUAACAUUAUGGCUCUACCAGAUCUAGAGGCGGCGAGCAUUGAGUCCCUCUCAAAGGGACUACACGAUGGUCAAUUUACAAGCACCCAACUUACCCAGGGCUACCUCGACAGGAUAGCAAAACUGGAUGGACAGUUCCGCAGUGUCACAGAAAUUAAUCCAGAUGCUCUGGCAAUUGCCGAGGAGUUGGAUAAUGAGCGAAGCCAAGGAAGUCUAAGAGGCCCCCUCCACGGCAUUCCCAUUCUAAUCAAGAACAAUAUCGCUACGGCUGAUCAAAUGCAGAAUACAGCCGGAUCCUGGCUUCUUCAUGGAGCCACGGUUCCCCGCGACGCAACGGUUGCAGCAGCCCUACGGAAAGCCGGUGCAAUCCUUCUUGGAAAGACCAACAUGUCUCAAUGGGCUAACUGGCGCAUUGAUGGAGGCUGCAACGGCUGGUCGUCUCAUGGUGGCCAAGUCGUGGCUGCAUAUCUGGAUCGCCAAGACCCCCUUGGCAGCUCCAGUGGCAGCGGCGUUGCGGCCGAUAUGUGUUUUGCCGCGGCAACAUUGGGCACAGAAACUGACGGUUCCAUCAUAUGCCCGGCAGCAUUCUGCAACAUUGUAGGCAUCAAACCUACUGUUGGCUUAACAUCGCGUUCGCUGGUUAUUCCUGUCUGCGAACGACAGGAUACCGUUGGACCUAUGGCUGGAUCUAUACGUGAUGCUGCCAUGGUUCUGCAGGCAAUAUCAGGUCGAGAUGAUCGCGAUAAGUAUACAUUGGAGGCACCCUCGCCGUUGCCGGAUUAUCUGGGAUGUUGUAAAGAAGGAUCACUGCGUGGCGCCCGCAUCGGUGUGCCAUGGAAGUUGAUUAACAAGGUGGUCGAGGAGGAUAAAACAGUGUCAUCUCAGGAUGAGCUGGCUGUCUUUAACGACGCAUUGGAUGUACUACGCAAGCACGGCGCCGAUAUUAUCGAAGCCAACUUUGAAAUCACAGCGGAAGAGAGGUGGGAGGCUGAGCGUAUCAUCAUGCAUGCCGACUUUCCGGUGAACCUUGCUGCGUAUCUGGAAGAAUUGGUAUCCAAUCCACACGAUAUACAUACUCUUGCAGAGGUACGGGAAAAGACGCGAUCUGAUGACAGAGAAGACUACCCUGUCCACGAUACGUCAGUCUGGGACUUUGCUCUGGAUACACUAGGCUUUGACAAUACCGACGACGAAAAGUUUGGCGAGGCGUUGCGCAAGUACAAGCUUCUCGGCGAGGAGAAGGGCCUACCAGCUGCCUUGGCUGAGCACAAACUCGAUGCUAUGGUGAUUCCAACGAUUUGGGCGUCAGGCUGGGCUGCCGUUAUUGGCGGGCCUGCCAUCACGGUGCCGAUGGGAUGUCACCCUUCGUCAGGCCCUGUCCAGGAAAGUAACUGGGGUCUUGUUGAGCGUGGGCCGGGUUUACCAAUCGGUCUCAGUUUCCUUGGACCGAGAUGGGCAGAGCCUGCAUUGAUUGGGCUGGCGUACGACUUUGAACAAAAGACUAAAUGGAGAGACCAGGUCCUUGAAGGCCGAUCAGACCGCAUCAGCAAGACGCAGCAACCAAGCAGCUAACGUAUGGGAUUGCAACAGAUGCCGCUGUAUAGAUAGCUAUAGCGAUCAUAGAAUCCGAUGCCUUUUGUGCUCAUACCAUAUCCGUUGACCAGCAAGUGCCAGUCAUGAUCCGCUAGUCCUUGUACUACAGUGACCAUCCCACACAGUGACAGCUACUCACGUCGCCAUCAAUCUAAUUAUAGUUAUCUUUCCUAUGCGCAUCUGCCGUGGAAUGUGCAAUGUAGAUAUACCAACCACGAAAACGCUACGGUACAUUACUGGAUACGAACAUGUCCCAAUGCGGCAAUAGAGCGCUCAUGGUGAAAAGCUAGAUUGCUUGGGGAUCCACGCAAGCGAGGCGAACUCAACCAUUCAAGAGCGGAACGUCAGAGGGAAAAAAAGCCAAUCGAAGUAGAAGGGCGAAAUUAGAGUUUACACCGGCACUGAACGGGGAAAGACGAAAAUUUUCUCGCUAGGUUGGUAGCGGAAUGUCGGCGUCAUGGUGAGAAAACGAUGCCGCAGCCUGUGGCCGAUUGGCGGUGGUUGUUGGUGGCUCGCGUUACAAUGCAUGGUGCAUCUUGCGCCAAGGAUUUCUGUAUCGAUGAACGCAUGGACGCUCGAGAAGAGGGGGGCCUGGUACUGUCUGUGUUGGGUGAGGCUAGCUAGCGCACGUCCUGCAGCAGUAUACUGCAUCCAGGCAGGACAAGGAUGUAGAUUGAUUUUUUUCCCGCAGCGACAAUUGUUGCGAUGUCGGGCUGAGGAAGAACGGUGAGGUUUUUUUCUUCUCGUACAGCUUGGGCAUGCGAUGCCCUGGUCAGAAUCGCCAGCGCGUCUGAAGAAUGAGGCUC